AUGAAGGGUGUGAAGACCAUGGAAGAUGGUCUGGAUUCUUUGGUUUUGAAGCCCAGGCGAUCGACGUUGAAGACACAUUGGAGCAUCCAAGCAGCUCGUGGAGAAGUCACGUCUCAAUGUCUUUGUAAUGCCUGCAAGGCCAUCGCAUUUGGAGUUUUUCUGCUCUUCAUCGGUGCCACCCUGGCCGUUAUCGGUUACUAUGAUGAAUACAUAUCUUCUCAAGAUGUGGACACAGUUCAACCUACGUCCAGCUCAAACGAAUCUGCCUCUUUGCUGUACUACUUCACCUUCGUUGGUCCAAUUGUCAUGGGCAUCGGCGGUUUCAUCGUGGUAGCCGCAUGCGUGAUGACAUUGGAGGCGAGGGACAGUGCAUCCAAGAUAGUGCCAGCUCGAUUCAAGAGACCCUUUUCCAAUCUGAUCGCACCCAAUGGUCAUUUGGAAGAGGAGAAUAACAUGCUCACGACGGUGAACAGAAUGGCUGUCACCUCGAGUUUCACCAAGUUUUCCCAAACUUUACAGGCUUCCAUGGACUCUGGAACUCUCAUGGAACCAGAGGUACCAAAUCGCCUCCACAAAUGCUCCUCGGCUCCCGAUCUGGCAGGCACUGAUGCCUGCAAAAUCAGAGAUGUGUUCCAAACGACGACGGAGAAGGGAGAGAUCAGUCCCAGGUCGAAGAUUUCCAAGAAGAAGCGGUUAAUCCGCAGGGAAGUUUUUAUUAAUAGGCACGCCCUGUCCAUGGAUGCUUCGAAUAUCCCAUUGGAGGAGACCCGAAAGAUGAGGAAGAAGCAGGAGGACUCGAGUGGAGCUUUGGAGAUCGACUUUCAUCGUAGCCCUCCACGGGCAAUCGAAGUUGGGAAGGCUCAGGUUCACAGAAGUCCUCAGCGAAUGAAGUCAGGGGAACAGAGAGAAGAAAGUUCCAGGUCAAGGGAAGAUGAUCCGUUAGUUGUGGCGCCAAGGCCUCCCACAGUUACUCAAGUAACGACAUAUACUCCGAAAUUCGGCACGGAACGAAGUGAAACGGCCAGAAGGCAUCUCUUUAUGAGGCAAACCAACGUGGAGAGCUUCGAAUCUGAUCGAAGCGCCCCAUCACUGAAAGACUUUCGUUGA